GGUCCCCUUCCGGGAUGCGGGCGGAAGUCGGUUGAAUUUGAAUCUUUGGGGCCGUUGGUCCGGGUUAAGAUCGGGGUUCUGGCCGCAGCAGGAGUAGGCGGAGGAGGAAGGGGAUUGGGGAAAAAAAAAGAAUUGUCGCCGCCGAGUCCUGUGGAAGUAUCCGGGGGUCGCUUCCUUGGGCUCGAUUUCAAAGGAAUACAUUAGCAUGAAUGAAAAUAAUCUUUGUCAGCUUCAGAACUUUGCUUGUGUUCUCUGUCGAAGAACUGAUGACUAUCCUGAAAAGUAUGGAGAAAAGAAAAUUUACCAGGACCACAACCUCACUAUACAUUACUAUUGUUUGUUGAUGUCAAGUGGAAUUUGGCAGAGGGGUGAAGAAAAAGAAGGUGUUUAUGGUUUUCUAAUAGAAGACAUCAAGAAGGAAGUAAACAGAGCUUCUAAGCUGAAAUGUUGUCUUUGCAAGAAAAGUGGUGCUUCAAUUGGAUGUGUAGCCAGCAAAUGUAAACGAAGCUAUCAUUUCCCUUGUGGAGUUCAGAAACAGUGUAUUUUCCAGUUUACUGGAAACUUUGGAUCAUUCUGUUGGGAUCAUCGGCCUGUUCAGAAUACACCAUCUAGCCAUUGUACAGUUUCUUCACAAUGCACCAUUUGUUUGGAAUAUGUUGAACAUCUUCCAACAUACAGCAUUUUGGGAAGUCCUUGUUGUAAAAAUGCAUGGUUUCACAGAGAUUGUUUACAGGUUCAGGCACUCAGUGCUGGAAAAUUUUUCUUCAAGUGCCCAUUAUGCAAUAACAGUGAUAAAUUUCAGAGUGAAAUGUUGAGAAUGGGUAUUCAUAUUCCUGAAAAAGAUGCAUCUUGGGAACUGGAAGAAAAUGCAUAUCAAGAACUUUUGCAGCACUACCAACGUUGUGAUGUAAGAAGAUGUCGUUGUAAAGAAGGGAGAGAAUAUAAUGAACCUGAUAGUAAAUGGGAAAUAAAACGCUGCCAGUAUUGUGGAUCUAGUGGAACUCAUCUAGCCUGUUCCUCAAUAAGAACGUGUAGACAAAACUGGGAAUGCUUUGAGUGCAGAAGUAUUAUCUACAAUUCAGGGGAUUUCAGAAGACCAAAAAAACGCUCUCUACCUAACACAGAAAAUAUUGGAAUUACUAAUUGUUUGUUGGAACAGCCCUCUCCCAAAUUCUCCAGACAGUCCCCUAGAACUCAGAACAAAAAUUUGCUCAGGUCACCAAAGAUAUUACGUCAAGGAAGCCUGACUCCUAAUUCCUGUUUAGAUAAACCACCAUGUUCUAGAAGACUCAGGUUAAUUCCACCACUUAUUAAUGUUGCUGCAAAGACUCCUUCUACUACUAAAAGGGAAGUCAGCAUGUUGAAAAGAGACAUUUCCAACAUAUUGAGAGAAUUAGGAUACCAAAUUAAACAAAAAACUCGAAAACUCUAUAUCAACAAAGAAAAUAUCUGGAAUAGUGCCAUAAAAGGAUUCAGAAGGCGAAACUUUAAUCCAUCAGAUGCAAUUGAGGUACAGUUCUGUAAUGGAAAUGGAGAUACUGAUGGAUCAAAGCAUGAAUUCUUAAGCCUUUUAAUGGGACAGCUUGAGAGCUCAUCACUAUUUGAAGGGUCCAUGUCAAAGAACUUGUCCCUUAAUUCUGAAGCUCUUAAAGAGAAUCUGUACUUUGAGGCUGGUAGAAUGAUUGCCAUUUCUUUGGUGCAUGGUGGUCCACCGCCAUUUUUGUUUUCUAAAACAUUAUUUAACUGCCUUGUCUCUGGACCAGAGAAUGUGGAACCAACUCUAGAAGAUGUUGAAGACAGUAAUACAAUGCAAAUAAUAACCAAGAUUAAAAGUUCAAAAAAUUUGACUCACUUAAGGUCAGCAAUACAUGAUUGCUUUGAAUACCUCUCUCACAUUGGAUGUCUAAGACUUGUAACAGUGCUAAGUGACAAGGAUGUGUUAGUAAAAGACAUACUCACCCAUCAUGUAAUUAAAAGAGUGCAGGCACCCUUGGACAGUUUUCAGCAGGGUUUGAGAACUCUUGGUGUGUUAGAAACAAUGCAGAAAUAUCCAGAAGCAUUCUAUAGUAUCCUAUGUCACAAACCUGAGACACUUACAAGCAAAAUCCUUAGUGAUCUUUUUACUAUGCACAAAUUGUCUGAAGCACAGGACACCAGAGCUGUGGGGUUCUGGAUGAAUUACCUGCAGAAUGUUGAAAGUGGAGAAUCUGUAGUAACGUUAGAAGAUAUCCUACUUUUUGCAACAGGCUGCCGCUCCAUUCCACCUGUUGGAUUUCAGCCUACUCCAUCAAUUGAAUUUUUGCAUGCUGAUUAUCCUGUUGGAACCAAAUACUACAACAGGUUAACUCUUCCUAUAACCAACACAUAUAAGGAAUUUCAAGAAAACAUGGACUUUGCCAUCAGAAAUGCCUUAGAACUAGAAAGAGAAAAAAAUUACUACACUGGAUGUUAAAUCUUAUGUCAGAAGUGCCUCCUUGUAAGCUGCUAUCAUUAUGUUCUUAACAUUACACAACUUUGUCCUUAAUGCUCGCUCCCUUGUCUUAAAACUUGCCGAGUCCUAAUUCAUUAGUAUUUGAUAUGAAUUUUAAAGAAAGUGGUGACAUUUUAAAAAGUACAAUAUGUUAAGGAAUUUCUUAUUCAAAUUUGAUGCAACAUUUUGUAUUUUCUUAAUGCUUUUACUUAUCUAUGAACUUCAAAAUAAGUAACUUUAGUAAGUUGUUACUUUGUCAUGAUACACAUAAAAACUUGUUGACUAGUUUUCUAAGUUAUAUUUACUUCAGGUAAACUAUAACUAUGUUCCAGUUUUGUAUGAAAAUAAUUCUUUUCCUUUUAAAGCAUUAAAUAGAAAUGCCACAGAAUAUAAAGGUAUUAUAGCAUAUGAAUCAAGAAUAUCCUGUUCUCAAGAUGGAGUGGCAUUAAGCUAGAAAUCAAA